UUCCAUUAAAUUACAGCUUAUGGCGCUGAGGUACUACAGGGCAGACAAAUAUGAAAUUGGAGAGACCUGUCUCUUUCAGAGCGAGGAAGUCAAGGCGUGAGGUGACCUCAUCUUUCAAAGUAUUUGCAGGGAUGUGAAAAUCAAGCUUAAACAGAGAGGCACAUACAGAGAGCGUCACAUAGCUACUUCUAAAGCCACACUUGGUCAGAUAGCACCAUGGCCUGUGCCGAUGUGGACAUGGACGUCGAUGAGAAUGAAUGGACCCCAGGCAGACCCUCGAGAGAGCCGCAGAUGGUGCGAAAGUACCAAGCUUUAGAGCUCCUACCGGACGACAAAGGGCCGCUGCAUGACCUGCUGCAGAAAAAACCUGGCGUGUUGGGGUCUCUGCAGAUGGUGAGCGGUCUGCUGAGUGUUGGAGUUGGAAUUGUUUUUGCAGUAACCCAAGAGAUGCAGGGGUCUCUGAUCAAUCUGUUCAGGCUUUCCCACCUGACUGGAGCCCUUUUCAUCAUUGCUGGAGUUGUCUCCAACAUGAUUUUCAAAUAUCCAGAAUUGCUACCUGUGUCCCUCAUGGUUAACUCGGGCUGUAUUAUUGUAGGCGUGGUUUCAGCUGGUCUGAUAAGUGUGGACCUGGCUCUCUGGAGAAUAGAACAGGAUAUGCAUUUGAGGAUGGAGGUGCUGGAACUUUGUGUGUUGGCACUCGAGGUUUUACUCUCUACAAUCCUUUGCAUCUGGUUCUCUAAAGAGAAACGGGCCAAAUCAACAUCAAGCUGAAGAAGAAGACAUUUGAGAACUUACAUCAUUCAAAUCAACUAUUUGGAUAGGACAAGAAGGUUGUAUAUUAGUGCUGAAUAAAAUGUAGGCCACUGUAUUAGCAGAGUUUUUUUGUUUUGUUUUGUACAUACUGUGUGGCUUUCUGUUCUGUUGCCUGUAUUGAAGCAAGGGGCUGUGGUCUGCUUCUGAUGUCUCACUUACACGAGGACACAAGAAUUGUGGUAAAUGAAUGUCAUCUACUCAUGUGAAGAAAAAAACCCUCCUCAUCCUCCUGCGUCUCUGUGUGUAACGGUAGCAUUGGUCUAUCUGCAAGGGUCUGUGUGUGUGGUUUGACGCUUGUGCUUUAUUAUCAGUGGAAAUAUCUGCAAGGUGGUUUCUUUCAGUGCGCUCACACUUCCAGCUGCUUUCACAGAAUCUAUAGGAUAUGUGAGUAGGAAAUAUGCAAUAACGUGUCAGACUUAACUGGGGUAAAGACAGAAACACAACAUUAUGUUUUUGAACAUUUUAAUCACCUGUACAAACUUUUCAUAACACAGGACUGGCAACAAAAUAAAAGAAACAUGACAGUUAAACAGAU